AUGACCCUCCUGUCCCCACUGACCUCUCUUGACUUCUCAAUUAACCCCUUCUUGUCCUCCAAUGAUUAUUCCCAUUCUCCUGGUGCCUCCCAUGCUCAUAGUGAUCCUCUCAUCCUUUCAAAGAUCCCACUGUGUCCCCAAGCUAUCACUCCUGUCCUGAUAUCAGCCUUCUAUGUUCACAGUGACUCUUCGUCCCUCAGUGCUCCCAUUCUGCCACUUCUUGUCUGUUUGGUCCCUUUUCUAAUCCAUUCAUGUUGUUCAGCUGCUGCCUCAAUUGCAGCACACUUGUGCACACAGAUGUCUUCUUGGGCUACAGCCUGGCGGUAUGGCCUGUGCUGCAGGUGA